AUGGUGUUCAAGUUCUUGUUGUUGUUAACGUUGAAAACCUCAACGUCAGUGGCAUCCAAACCGUCCAAGUUCUCCAACUCGGUGUCGGAAAUCACGAUCGACUGGGAGUCAGUGACACUGGACAGACCGGUGUUAGUCAAGGCUGGCAAGGUAACCCAGUUGAUGGAACCAACAGAGGUCAAAGAGCCAAACGACAAACUGUCCAAAAUGGUCAAGUCGUUCAAUUGUAAAGUACCGGUGAUAGUGGUCAAGGAAUCGGCAGCAAAAUUGGACAACUGGGUGGCAUUGGUGACGAUCAAGUCACCGUAG